ACCUAAGCCUAAAGCCUUGAAUUGGGGCAACAGUGUCGCGAUCUUCCCACUUUCUUAUUCAGGGUUGUUCUACAACCUGAUGUAAGCUUAGAUCUCUUAGCAAAUGCUUGUAAGGUUUUCUUCAUUUCUUAAUCCUCCCUUCACCAAAUCGCAUCCUGUCAGCUUGGAAUCUGGGGUCUCUCUCUCUCUCUCUCUCCUGUCUUCUCAGAAAAUGGCCUGCACAAUAGAAAAGAUCUUGACAGAUGCAAAGACAUUGCUGGACAGGCUGAAAGAUCAUGAUAAUGCUGCUGAGUCUCUCAUUGAUCAGUCCACUAUGUUGCAUAAGAAAGUAGUAGCCAUGAAAGAAGCUGGCACAACUCUUUCGCACAAGUAUCAAGAAGAUGCAGCUGAGCUAAAGGAUCUCUCUAAAUAUAAACCUCACAUUCUCUUAUCUCAGGAAAACACUCAGAUCAGAGAUCUGCAACAGGAAAAUAGAGAGCUAUGGAUCUCUUUGGAAGAACAUCAAGAUGCACUGGAACUUAUUAUGAGCAAAUACAGAAAACAUAUGCUGCAGCUCAUGAUGAAAAGAAAAGAUGUGGAUGCCCAAUCAGUUUUGCAAGUACAUCAGACUCAGUCUGCGGAGAUUGAGAGUCAGAUUGACAUGAUCUGUGAAAUGGGAGAGGUUAUGAGAAAAGCAGUUAAUGUUGACAGUGACCAGUAUUGUAAAAUACAAGAAAAGCUAGCACAGUUAGAGCUUGAAAAUAAAGAAUUGCGAAAAUUAUUAUCAAUCAGUAUAGAGCCUGUUGAAGUGAGGCAAGAAUUACCUGAUGUUGCAUCUCAAGUUACAAAACCUCAGUCCUGGAACAGUUGAUCCUGGAAAUUGGAAACUACUGCAAGAAUGAGUAUGCUUCCUUUCUGAGCUUUCCUUUAAAUCCCUUUAGUCUUCUCUUGGAAACCAUUCCAAGCCUGUUACUAUAUUGUAAGUUCUGUGCUUAGGUUAGGGAUGUUGUAAUGGCCCCUUCUUUGAUUAAGAUUUGUUUUACUUAAUCAUGCAGAAGAGUGCAUGAUUAAUCAAGGUUAAUCAAGGUUACCCAUGAUUUUAGAAAUCUCAGUUGGAUAGAGCAAGGAUCAUCUUAACUUUUCUAGUGUGAGCAAAUAACAUAAAGUGUUUUAGCAUGACUUAAAUUGCAUUGGAAUUCAGUUCUUAACUAUGUUUAGGAUACACUGUUGUACAAAGCUUAGGCCCUCCUACUCUUAAUGCUAGAAUUUCUGCUUCUAGCAUUGUUUUUGGUGCUGCAUUUAUUGUAUCAUUUAAAAAUAUACUGUCAUAUUACCUAUUUUUUAAUAUCAACCAAGCCAUCCGAAUCACCUUGCAGGGGAGAUGGGCAGCAUAGAAAUUUAAUAAAUAAAAUAAAUAAACAAAUACAGAAAGUAACACACAAUGCUAAAGUGUUGAGUCCUCAUACCUAUGACUAUUUCACACAGGAGAUGUCUCUGUGGGUUAUAACAAAGUCUGCCUACCUAGAAUGUUCAAUGGGUAUGAUAAUCCAUUACGGACAUAACCACAUUAGUUAUUUUUCUGUCUUUGCCAAUAUCUACUUGUUCAAGGAAUCUGUUUCUAAUUUCUUAUAGCCACAUUAAGCCCCUGUACAUGGAUGUCAAGAGGGAGAGAUGCGUGGAAACAAGUCUGUUAUAUCCUAUAAAGAUUACUCUGUGUGUAGGCAUUUGCACAAAUGUCAUACAUAUUAAUCCUGUAAAAGAUGAAUUUACUUUUUUGCAAGCACCUGCCAAUAUUUUAAAAAUUAUUUUUCUUGAAAGAUUGAUAAUUGAAGAUAAAUAUAUCUAAUAUUUGUUUAUAUUGUUCUAAAGUGUACAAAUUAGAAAUGUCUCUUAAAAUUUCUUGGGCAUCUGUUCUCUGAUGGUAAAACAGAAUCUAUGGAAUUUAUACGUAUUGUGCACAUUUAUUCUUGUCCUGGUUUAACUAAGUUUUAGGAACAUAACUAAAUAGUCAAUUUAUGUCAUUUUGCCUGUUUCCUUCUUGCCCCAUAAGUUUUGAGGAAAGGAGUGAUAGGCUAAUUGAUCAAAUUCAUUUGGGGUAUUUUCAGGUUCUCACUUUGAAAAUUUUACUUUAAAGACUGAGCAGAUAAAAAAAUCUGAAAAUGUGGGCCCUAUUUGCAUAAUGCAAUCAGCUGAACAAACUUAGUAUCUUUGCAGCGUUAUGCCUUAAAUAUAUGCCUUCAGUGCCGUCUUCAGAAUCAAUAAGCUCUUGUAAUGAACUGCAAGUUGCCCAGUCUUUUUGUAAGCUUUGGAUUAUUUUGUAAAUAUCAUGUAGGAUGUAAAUGUAUUUACCUACAGAGGUGCUGUAUUAUCAGCCUAUUCUAUUCAGUAAAUUAAAAAUAAUCUCUUUACCUCUCAUCUUAUUAAAUAUGUAUAUUGGCUCAUUAUUUUCUUGAAAUAAAUGUCUUGAAGCAGUAUUGUGCACUAAGACACUUUUGUACAGAGAAUUAUGUAUGGCAGAGGACUGGGAACUAUUGGCCAUUUAGAUGUUGUUGUACAGCCCCAGCCAUUAUGAUUGAUAAUUUGGGAUAUUGAAACUAGUUUUUCAAUGAAAAGGGCCAUAGGUUCUCUCUUCUUUGAUGUUUUUGGACAUAUUUUAAAUUUGACUGAUAUCAAUGUUUUUGUCAAAUCCUUGGAGAUUAAGAGUUAUAUUCAAUUUAUAAAUUAAAUUUAUUAAAGAAAUGCUGUAGCUUCAUAUUUCUGAAAAUGAUAUGUUGACUGUGAAUUGAGGACCAAUAGAACACUCCUCAAAUAAUGUGAUCAGCUUGUAAAUUCUAGUUUGCAAGUAUAAAAGUCUGCUAGAUUCAUGUAGUGUUUUAACCCUGCUUUAUUUACCAAGCCAAAAACAAACAAGCCGUAUUAGAGCAGAAAGAUUAUUCUUUCAUAUGGCCACUAAUAAAUUUAUUGUUGCCUU